AUGAUUUUCUCACGAACUACUGCGCUUUUUGCGCUGGCAUCAGGGGUUUACGCCCAGUCGCAAUAUACUUCUACUGGAACGGCUGCUGUAGCCAAGGCAGCUGCCACCGCGCUAACUCUAUCCCCUACAUCAAGCGUUGCCGGUUUAACUUUCGAUCGCUUUGUUCAAAUUUGGCUAGAGAACGAAAAUUAUAGUGCGGCCAUCAAGAACACAAAUCUCGCCUAUCUUGCGUCUCUAGGCAUAACACUCACAAAUUAUUUUGCCAUCACCCAUCCCUCUCAGCCUAACUAUGUGGCCGCUGUUGGUGGUAGUACCUUCGGGAUCGCUGACGACAAUACGCACUAUAUCUCUUCGAGCACCAAGACAAUUGUUGAUCUCCUGGAAGACGCUGGCGUCAGCUGGAGUUUGUAUCAAGAGGAUAUGCCUUAUUCUGGCUUCGAGGCAAAUUAUGUCAACCAAAAAACCGGUGCAAAUGACUACAUGCGAAAGCACAACCCCCUGAUGAGCUACAACUCGGUUACAUCGAAUACCGACCGUCUUGCUAAAUCGAAGAACUUCACCAUGUUCUAUGAAGACCUAGACAACAACAAGCUGCCUCAAUGGAUGUUCAUCACACCCAACAUGACCAACGAUGGCCAUGAUAGUUCGCUCGCCACAGCUGGAACUUGGUCUCGUAACUUUUUGACCCCUCUGCUCUCCAACGAGAGCUUCAACACUGAUCGCACCUUGAUAAUCCUUACAUUUGACGAGGGGUUGACCACCGGGACGAACCAAGUUUAUGCUGUCCUUUUGGGUGGCGCGGUCUCAAGCGCGAAGGUUGGUACCACGGACGGCACCGCAUAUAAUCACUAUAGUCUGUUGAAGACUGUGGAGACCAAUUGGAACCUGGGAAGCCUUGGAGAAAACGAUGUGGAUGCCACUGCAUUCUUCUAG